AAGUUUCAAGUCUAUGAAUAUGAAACUUAGAUGAUUAGUAUACAAUUAUCAUACUCAUUUGGUUAGUUAAUUAAAUCCAUCAUCUUGAUUAAUCUCACCCCAUUUUCCCACCAAAAACUCGUUUUUUUUCUUUUCUUGCAAACGAACUGUUUGCGGAAAUGACUGGGGAGUUUAUGAAACCAAAAAAUAAGUUGAAAAGAAAAAUGGUGGUUUAAUUUCAAUGGGGUUCUCGUUUGUCAAGCCCGAUUGGUUGUAACAUAUGCUCUAAAUUGGAAGAGGGAGAUUGUUUUGCUGCAACAAACGCGGCUUCUUAUAACUUUUCAGCUCUUUUCGUCAGAACCCCAAAUCUUUUCCCUCAUCUCUCUGCAGCAAGAAAAUUAGAAGGACCCUUUUUUGGGUCUUCUCUUUUUUCUUUGCUUUUUCCCUUCUUGAUCACCGCCUAAAAUUAGGAUUGUGAUCGGAAAAGAAAUGAAAGUUUUCUAGACAAGUUUAUUGGGUUUUCUGUGUUUUGAACAUAAGUAGUAUCAAGUUACAGAUGGGUUAUUGUGUUCUUUUUUUUCUUCCCUAAAUGUGCCUUUCUGGAGUAAGAGGGUUCUGUUCAAUAAUUUUUCCGUUUAAUGGCCGACGAGAAUAGUGACAUACCACUUGCUAUGGAGGAGGUUAGUGAGGCUGAAGUUAGCCAAGAGGAGAGCUUUGAUAUCCCUGUCGUUGCAGUUGCCAAUAUAAGUGAGCCUGAAGAUAUCACUGAGGAAAGCAUUGAUAUAAUUGACAUCAUUGAUAUCCCUGCCACUAUAGAGGUAAAUGAGCCCGAAAGUUGCAAGGUAGAAGUUAUUGUGGACACUGAUAGUAAUACCCCAAAGAUCAGACCAAAGGUUCUCUCUCGCUAUCUUCGACCCCACACUGGUUCCUGCCACGAUUUUUGCAAAUAUGGUUCAGAACACGCUCUUGAAGGGAAGCCUGCAAGUCCAGUCUCGAGAAAAGCUAAGUUAGUUGGAGGCAAUAGCCAGGAUUUGAGGAGGACUAUAGUUUCUUUGGCGAAACAAAACAAAGAAUCAAACAGUCCGAAGUCCUCCCAAGAGUAUAACCCCAUCAAUAUUACCGACUUGAAGGAAGAUAUAAUAUCUUCCCCUGAGAUUGUUACUCCUCCAAAGAGGCUUUUACCUUCCACCAAGGAAGUACAGGCUGCAGCAGUGCAUUAUAGUCGGACGAAACUUAAUUUGUCUUCAUCAAAGGUGUCUUCUUUUGCAGGACAAGGCAGUUCACGAACCAAAAGAAAUAAAGAAAUUCGAAAAGGAAAGAGAAAAGAUGGAGAUGGAAGUUUAAGCAGUUCAAAUAGUACAAGUAGAAGCCUAGAGAUGAAUAUCUCCGCAGAGGAGGAUAUAACAGCCUUGGUGCCAGAAGUAGGUUCUAGGACUCCAAAAACUCGUGUCAAGCGAGUUGCAAUUGCAGAUAAGAAAAGCAUUGGGAGGAAUGGCUUAAAGAGCCAAAUCCAUCAUAUAAAAUGUAAACCCGAUCCAUCUAACAAUGAAGAUGUGGAGGAGAAAACUUUAUACAUGAUUGAACCGUCUUCCAAGAAUGAAACAGAGGGAAUGUCUCAGAGUAGUGUUCAUACAACCGAGUCAUCUCAACCACAAUCUUCAUCAACAACAGACAACAACUUGAAGCAUGAACAAGAGGCAGUUGCGAACUCCAUAGUGCCACCAAUGUCAGAGAAAAAGAAUGUCGUGAAACGUGCUAGAAAUGGUACCAGUCCUAAAAUUUUAUCUACAUCUCCAACAGUUUUCAAAGGUAUUAGACCUAAGAGAUUUGGUAUGGUGCAAAGGUCUGAGACUCGAUCAGCUCCUUCAUCACCAUUGUCAUCUAGGUCCCAAUCUGAACCCAUCCAUGUUGAGCACCGUGGCUCUACCUCAGGAAAUGGCGUGAAAAAAAUUGAGAAUUCAAAGGUGGACCACAGGCUUAAGACCAGAAGGAUGACUCUAACCGAUUCAGAAAAUGGAGAUUGCCAGUCUAGAAAGCUUAAGUUUAGGAAGGGCAGGAUGGUUGAACUUCAACCUGAAACCAGUACGCCAAGGAGGCUCAAAUUUCGGCGUGUACGUUUACUUGGUGAGGCUGAAAGUCCUAAAGGUGAUUCAAGGAAGAGAAACAUCAAGGGUAAAGAGGGGAACCAGAAUGGGAAGGAAGUGAAGGAAGGUGAGAAUAGUUCUUUAAGACAGCAAGAUAAGGAUUUAAAGAAAAAGAGAAGCUUUAGGGAUGGUAAAUUGGUUUCUAGUAGAUUCAAAUCUGAGAGAGUUGUCCUUAGGCAUCAGGAUUCAAAAGGAAAGAAAGAAGUCCUAAAUCUGUUUAAUAAUGUCAUUGAAGAGACAGCAAGCAAGCUUGCAAAAACCAGAAAAAGUAAGGUGAAGGCUUUGGUUGGUGCCUUUGAAACUGUAAUAUCUCUUCAAGAUACCAAACCUACUGCAACAACAAGUGUUGCAUGAUAUAAGUUUGUGUGUGACAUACUUGUAAUAUA